AUGCCUCGGGGUCAUAAAAGUAAGCUCCGUGCCCGUGAGAAACGCUGCCAGGUCCAGAGUGAGACUCAGAGUCUACAGAGAGCUCAGGUCAUUGCAGCAGAGGAGGAAGAAGCCCCCUGUUCUUCCUCUUCUCCUUGUGGUGGUGCCACGAGCCAAGGUGAGGAAAGACCAAGCACCUCCCAGGCACCACCUACCACUGAUCAUACGUGCAAAAGCCCUGUAGACGAGAAGGCGAUUUUGUUGGUGUCGUUCAUGUUACGCAAGUAUAACCUGAGGCAGCCCAUAACAAAGCAAGAGCUGCUGAAGUGUAUCUCCAAAAAGUACAGGCAGCAGUUCCAUGAGAUCCUCAGGAGAGCCUCUGACCUUAUGGUGCUGGCCUUUGGCAUCGAAGUGAAGGAAGUCGACCCGACCAGGUCCCAUUAUAUGCUUGUCAGCAAAUUGCGUGUCACCGGUGAUGCAAGGCGGAGUGCUGGGAUGGGCCUUCUGAUGACCAUCCUGUGUGUGAUCUUCAUGAAGGACAAUUGCGCCGCUGAAGAAGAUAUCUGGGAAGUGCUUAAUGUGAUGGAGAUAUAUGACGGAAAGAAGCACGAUUUCUACGGGGAGCCCAGGAAGCUCAUCACCCAAGAUCUGGUGAAGGAUAGGUACCUGGAGUACCAGCAGGUGCCCAACAGUGAUCCUCCACGCUAUCAAUUCCUGUGGGGUCCAAGAGCCCAUGCUGAAACCAGCAAGAUGGAAGUCCUGGAGUUUUUAGCUGGGAUCCAUAAUACCGUUCCCAGUGCCUUCCCAUCCUGGUAUGAGGAGGCUUUGAGAGAUGAGGAAGAAAGAGCCAGAGCCAGAUUUGGAGCUAUGCUUCUUAAUAGUGCCAUGGCCCAUGCAAGUUCCAGGCUCGAUUCCAGCAGUUUCUCCCACCCUUAGUGAAAUCUGAGGCACUUUCCCCACUUUGUGUUUGAAAAAUAGUGGGUGGCCAGGGCGGUGUUGGAGGGAGCACAGUACAUAUCAUAUCUGUAUUCUUGUUCUGUGUGAGUAACUUUCAGAUUUAUCUUUUGUUGUUGUUGAGUUUUCAAUUUUAUUCUUUUAAAAAAAUGUUUAUUAGCUUCAGAAUCUAAGUAUAUAAAUAAUACUGGUUAUAUAUUUAAUGUUGCUUAUGAAUCUUAAGAGUUAAGAGUUUUGCUAUUUUAUCAAAUAAAUUGGAAAACCCUCCAUCUUAUUUAGUGAUCUGAAACAAACAAAACACAUGGCACUGGAAUAGGCAUUUCUAUAGAAAUGUGAAAAAAAUCAGCAAGAAUGUAGUUAGAAUUAAGAAAUAGAGAAAAAAAAAGUAAAAGAUGGUAAAUUCUUGACUUCUCUUAUUACUUCUCUUCUAUUGUUCUGUAAAAUAA